GAUGUCACGACGGGGAAAUAAAGGCUUCAAAGCAGUAGACAUUUCCCAAACCAUAUGGAACAGGCAAUAGGAUCCGGAAGCCUUCAGAUCAGAACAAAAAGAGCAAGCUGAUCCGGUGCAAGUUAAAACAGCAAAAGAUGCAAAGCUGGGUACCAAAUAACUGUUUUCACCAGGCUUUUGACAAUCAGAAUGAGCUCAUGGCAUCAUCUCCACUGUCGCACCAGACUGUUUGGAGAUCUGGGUGUGCCAAUAAUGGAUCAUCCUCAUCCAGUCACCAGUCUUGGAAGGUCUGUGGCGGACCUAACUAUUUUGCAAAUGAAUUGGCAGCAAGCAACUCAAAUGAAGACAUCACCGAACUUGCCUCUUCUUCAGCUGAACUAUCAUCACCUUUGAGUGACACCACAUUCUAUCGUUCGUUAAUUGGGGGUUCCCAAACUAAAAGUCGAUUCCGACCUGCCUAUCCACAGUGCCGGCCAACUGAGAGCCAAUCUAACUAUUUGCAAGAUCGAUCAAUGUGGUCAGAUCCAGCCUCUGUUCGAACUCCGUUGGAGUUUGUCCCUUCUCAGAGAGGGCCGGUGUGCUGGAACCAAAAGACCCAUGCAGCCAUCAAGAAUUUCCCAUCAUCCCCAAUCCCUGCUUCUGCUGGUGUACAGCCUGGAACUCCAAGCUCGCUCGCCUCUUGGGCGACACCACCUCUCCCAAACCACAAGAGGUGGCCUCUUUCAGAGCAACUUCCUGGGCAGUCAGACAGUAGGGCGGUAUUUGUGUCCCGGCCCACGGAGAAUUGUUGGAAUAACUGCCCAAGUGCCAAGUAUCAACAGGCUCCUGGAUCUUUCAUGCAUACUGCAAAUCAACAGGCUUCCAAUGUCAGCUAUUGUGAUUCGGGCCCAUUUCAUAACGUGCGUACUAAAGUUUGCAAAGUGCCCACGGACAGACGUAUGUUUGCGAUAAGCCAGCAGGGAAAGGGAAUGCAGGCGCUGAGUAGGAACAAUAUCUCAGCUCUAGAGUCAUCAACUGGAAAGCACUUUACGAACCAUGGACAUGAAGCAACACUUGGCCGUACUCAUAGCAUGACGUCAGGUGGAGGUGGACUUUGUACUCGGAUUCCCGGUCAAGAUUGUUGGCAGGUCACUUCUGACCCGCCAACAGAUCCUCAUUUCAACAGUUUUAGUCACAGAACGUCUCAAAAUCACCAGAUAGAUUCUGAAUUUGCUUCCCGGGCGCAAUACCUGUCCAGUGUGUAUUCUCAAAAGAAUUCCCAGCCUUCUCGGAAGAGGAGGAGUUAUGACGUGCUAAGGUUUCUUGAAGAACUUACAUUUGGAGAGUUGAAGGCCUUGCUUUUUGCGUUUGAGGUUAUGGAUAGAAGGAAAAGAAUAGCGUGCGCGAAUUUACGGGCAGGUCAAGUGAAUGUGUCACCCCAGCAAAAUCCUGCAAUAGUGCAAUCCUGUCCGAUCGCCGCACAGAACACAAACUCUGCUAGUUAUGUAAAUGGCAGGAAUCUGAGCAGCAGUUCAUCCUUGAAAUAUCAGUGUACGCAAAACAGAAAUGUGGGUGGCCAUUCUCUUUUUCCCGAACAAAGUGAGCAACAGGUUUUACCUCCCCAUGUGCUAAAACACUACCAAUGCCACUCAUCGAUGGAACAAAUCAGCUCAUCUCUGCAAGGCUGUGAAGAGAAAAGCUUUAUUUGUCUAGAUAGUGUAGGGAAUUUGUAUCCCCACACUCGCCGUGGGGCUGUAGGUGUUGAGCGUAACGUGCAAGAUUACUCAUUUAACUGUUUAAAGAGUCCCAAGCCUUUCAGUUCUGGGCCUGUCGAUCCCAAUUAUUUUGGACCAAAUCAACAAGAUGGAGCGCACAAUCAUUCAUUUCAGUCACUGGACGCCUCAAGUACAUCAAACAUGAAUCAAACCAGUCCUCCAAUAAAUACCUCUCAGCAUGAUGAGCAACGUCAAAAAGACAUCAAAGCCUUGUAUGAUAUGUUGCGAACUUCUUAUGGAAAUAAAAUGAAUGGAAAUUCGAAACGUCAAAAGCUGGAAGAUUCUGCAAACCAUGUUCAACCAGCUUCUGAAUUGGGUCAAAUUGAUAUCAAUGCCGUACAGUCAGCUUGUGACAACCAGUCUUCCCAGAAGGCUGAUCACCAGGAUAUUUGGGAUGCGAGUGCAGAUGCAUUGCCAAAUUCGCAGAACGCUGCAGCAGCACGACAAUUUAAGCAUGAUGAAUCUCCCCCACUUGUUAAGUGGAAUGCAUCGAGCCCUGUCACUCGCCUUCAUUCAAGAGUUCAACGCAGCCAAAGUCCAGAAGCUUCCUCUUCACCCGAGACCUUUGACAACAAGAAAGCUGCACUUCUCACACAAUCCGCAGACAACACUGAGGGACCGCUGGUAUCACCUCUACGUGCAACCUCAGUGGAUCAAGAGAAGCCUGUAUCCGUCCCGAGUGCCAUGAGGUCUCCGACGACAAAACCCGCCAACACACUGCACUGGCCGAGAUGUUCAAGCCAAGGAUCCAGCAGCCUGCCACCUGCGAACAAUGCAUGCAGCCCACUGUCUCCCCAUUGUGCACGAGUAGAGCCUAUCAUGGAGAGCCACCUCACCAAUGCAACUUCGAAAAGCUUCCAAGGGAACUUGACUCUAGCAGUGAGAGCUGAAGAAUUCAGCGGAGGGCAGGAGGCUGCCUCUCGUGUGGGUGUCCACAUCUCAAAUGCAACCUCAAAUGAUCAAGAGGGUGAUGCUUCAGUUCCACCUUCGGAGGGUUUUCCAGAACAACUCGUUGCCUUGCCUAUUGAAUCGUCUAAACUGUUCAGUGCUCCAUCAAACCUAGUUGAUCAGGCAGGGCUCCAGUGUAAAGCCAGCAAUGAGGUAUCUGCAGGAAUCCAGACAGUAAAUGGAUUUCCCUCCUCUGAUAUCUACAUGACAAAUGGUAACAAGGUAAGUAACGCAUCCCCAGAAAAGGUGGUUGAGGAACUCCACUCAAUACCAAAUUCUGAGAGUGUUUUGACAAAAGAAUCUGAUACCUUAGAAUUCAUUUUACGUUCUUUAGGUAUCAUUCCAGAAGACAAUGAAGGACCGAGUGUGGCAAUUCUAACUUCUUCGUCUCCUGAUGUAACCAGUCCAGAACAGAACACAGCUCCCUCUUUGUCAAAUGAUCCAUCUGGUCCAGAAGUAAAACAGAAGCUAGACUUAACUCUACCGUCGUUUAAUGCAGCAGUAUCGAAUAAUAAGGAGCAAGUGUUCGGCACGCUUGGUCUCAGCUCUACAGGGCCCAAACAAGCCAGAGGCUCCUCAGACAUUCCUUUCAGUCCUGGACAGCAGACUGCGGAGGUUGGCACUCCUUUCCAGGAAUACCAAAGCACCUCUGCAGGCGGUAAACAAAAUCCUGCGGACGUAAACCAAUCGAGCUCCGUUUAUCAAACAAACCAGCAAGCGAGGAAUGUUCAAAGUCCGGUGGUGACCAGGGUUCAGAGGACGGAAGAGGACAAAUUGCAGGAAACUGAGCUGCCCGAGGUGGUGCCCUGCUCAGUCGCCAGCUCAGUUCUGUUGAGCUUUGGGGACACUCAGGAAGUCGAUGAAAAAUUCGCCCAUCAUCUCACUCGUGCCCCAACAGCACGUCACCCACAUGCAGAUGUUGUGAUCAAGUUAGAACGUGGUGUUGCAAGCAGCCAAGGGAGUAAUCCUUCGAUGAGUCUCCACACUGCAAGCAAAUUAAACCAGUCCCCCCCUUCGGUUUCACGUGCUCCAGCUCUGUUGGAUGGAACUCCAUUGUUUGCGCAGGUUGAACAGAUGCAGGGAACUCUAUCUCUCUCUGCUGCGGACAGUGAUGGUCUACUAUCCUCACCCUGCAGCACCCCCCAUGUGCCAUCGGCGCGUUUGACACCGUUAAUAAAUCCAGUUGCCGAUCCAUGUUCUGUGGGCUUGGUUCAAAACUGCAGACCUGCAUCGAGGAGUGAGGCAGAUGGUUCAUCUCUUGAGCGAGUUCCAGCCAUACCUGCACGCUUAAGCAGCAAUGCAUCUGAUCGAAGUGUAGUGAGGAACAAGCACCAUGUGGCCGAUGGACCUUUUGUUCUGUGUAGAGGAUUGAGGAAGCAGCCAGGCAUUAAGAAUGGGACCUCUGGGAGUAUGGUGACUUCGAUUUCAAUGGCCUGGAGCUGCCAGGGGAGUCCAAUACCAGGCAGCGAAGAAAGUUCUGAACAGCCAGGGCUCUUCCCUCAGGCCGGGAAUGUCAAGAGCUCGGCAGGAGCUGAAAGUUCACCAGUCUGUGUGUCAAGCAGUACGGAUAGCUAUCACCCUCUGUCUGUGGUACGCGGUGUUCUAGCCUCAAGAUUCACACUGAAAUGUCAAAGGCCAGUUCGGGGAAUCCAUGCUCUCCCUCCGAGUAGCAACGGGGAAGUAAUGGCUGUUGGGCAGACAUCGCAUGGAGGUGGCUCCCUGCUCCGAAAAGAAGGCUGUGGAACAGUGGCCGUCUCGAAUGAUGCUGACACAGAUUUGCUAUCAGGGAUCAGGAUCAGUUUUGUAUUCUCACUCUCCAAGUACUGGGAGCACUGGAAAAUCAUCAAUGGCGUGCAUCUCGCUACUGACUCGUUGGUAACAACAGGCCGCGAGCUUGUGCAAUCCAUUGGCAAAGCGAGCAAUUUCUCCACAACACAAGUAGAACACGACCCACAUGAGGUGAAUGGACCAAUCCGGGCUGGCUCAAGUCUAGAUGAGGGCAAACAGAGAGACUUCAUUACUGACUCCCCUCCCAGUCAGAAUAAUGUGCCUUUUGUAAGUGAUCCUUUUGUCCAACUGGCCGAUACAAAAGCCUUCAGCACAGUGGCUGGUCAUUCCGAUAAUGUUUACCAAUUCGAGGUAAAAUUGAAUGAAAACCCUGGGAGUGUUAAGUAUGCGAGCAAAACUAACACAGCAGUUUCUGCAGAACUCUCCAAGUUGCCGGUUGGAAGUGGGUGUUCUAAUGAAAAUCCCACUGAGGUAAAUGAUACCUCAAGUGGACAAGAUGAAACAGCCGCUGCCCUCUGUUGUUUCAAUUCCAAAGACCUGAUGACACAGAACUUUUUUAGCAAAAAUGAAUUCCAAAAUGUGGCUGAGUUGGAAACCACCACCGAGUCCAUUUUCCGUUUCUGGUGUCCUUCUGGGGACGGCUUUGAACAGCACCAUGAGAUGGAGAAAGGAUUUGAUUUUAAGUCUAGUGUUGAAUGGCUCCACAGUGGACUUAACCUGUACACCGUAGCGAGGCCUGCAGAGUCGAUUGGUAACGUGCAUGCAUGGAAUGCACACUAUCUCCAUUUUGGGUUCACUGCAACAGUUGACAGGGGGCAACGUCAUAAAGAAAGAUCUCAGCCAAGAAAAUUAAGUAACUGGUGCAGUGCAACAGACGAUAUUGUGUUCGAGGAACGUGAAUCUGAGCUGUUAGAGAGUAUAUUGAGGUCCCACCCCCUGCUGACUGAUGAAGACAGCAAUGGUAGCUGGGCUGACGUCACUUCACAUAAUACAGCACUCGAAACCUACAGGCCAAACGCUUGCCUUAAAAAUAGCAGGUGCCAAAUAACUCAACAAUACGGGGGCAAACAACUUGAGGCUGACAACACAGAGAUGACCCUACCAUCUCUGAGAAUGGGGAGCAAAUGCAUGAGUAGCAAUGAUUGGUGUACAGUCCUAAAUCAAGAUGCACCUUACCCUGAAGAUUCAACGCAACUUCUCAACGGGCAAGCAAGUUGGAGGAAAUCUGAGCCUAGUGUAGCCGACAGCACCGAAAUAGAAAUGAAAGGAGUGGGUCACCAAAAAUGCGAAACCGUUCUCUCUGAGUUACCGAAUACAUUAUCAACAGCUUUAACCCACAGUCCAGCAUCUGAAGUGGUCAAUGAAACUGCUGAAGUGACAAGUCUGGGAGCUGAUUGGAAAGCCUUUUGGGACUGCAGCAGUAGUGAUAUAGACGUUGCACAUGAAGAAAUGGAGACCUUUGCAACAGACUGUUCUUCAAUCUCAGCCGAGUCUCCGCUGUCUCUCUGCAGAGUUGGCAGCAGCCCGCAGCAGUAAUCAUCGCGGAUCAAAAACUCACCGUGUGUGGCUGCACAGAACGUUGCAGGUCAGCGAGGAAAUAGCGAGAAAGCCCAGUCGCUACAUCCACAAAUCAGACCCAUGGAUGUGAUGUGGCAAGGUGCCUGCGAACUCUGCAGCAGAAGCCAACAGAGGAGACAACUACCUCCAGCUGAUACCUGAAAUUUUGAAUGUGUUUACCAUCUUUUUGCUACCGCACUCACUCCUGAGUACCCUCAAUGUUCCGCUCACUUUCAAAGAAAUCUCAGAGUGCUUGAGCGUGCAAAGUGAGAAUCUGUGCAAUCCCAGAAAGCACCACCAUGAUGUUUUCCACUGGCGAGAGGAAAUUAUCGUACUGCGCGGGAAUCGAUGGUGUGCUGAGAGGAUUUCAUCUCAGAGGACAUUGUCUGCCAUUUUAUCAGAGGCAGUGCGAGUUAGCACUGGGAGAAGCCUACCCACUAAACACAUAGGGACAUUCGUAUAUAUUACAUAUCGGUAAACAAAAUUGUGUUAUUGUAAAGAUAAUUAUUAAUCAAUGC